CCGAGCCUGGAGCCGAUGGACGCCAGACAGGCAGAGCACCCCAAGCCCUCCGCCUGCAGAAACCUCUUCGGCCCGGUGAACCACGAAGAGUUAACCCGGGACUUGGAGAAGCACUGCAGAGACAUGGAAGAAGCCAGCCAGCGCAAGUGGAAUUUCGAUUUCCAGAAUCACAAGCCCCUGGAGGGCAAAUACGAGUGGCAGGGGGGGGAGAAGGGCAGCCUGCCCGAGUUUUACUGCAGACCCCCGCGGCCCCCCAAAGGCGCCUGCAAGGUGCCGGCGCAGGAGAGCCAGGAUGUCAGCGGGGGCCGCCAGGCGGUGCCUUUAAUCGGGGCUCAGGCAAACUCAGAGGACACGCACUUGGUAGACCAAAAGACUGACCCGUCAGACGGCCAGACCGGGCUGGCCGAGCAGUGCGCAGGGGUGAGGAAGCGACCUGCGGCGGACGAUUCUUCUCCUCAAAACAAAAGAGCCAACAGAACAGAAGAGAACGUUUCAGACGGUUCCCCGAACGCUGCCGCCGCUGCUGUGGAGCAGACGCCCAAGAAGCCGGGCCUCCGAAGACGUCAGACGUAAAUUGCUCGAAUUAAGAAUGUUUCCUUGUUUAUGAGAUACAUCACGGCUUGAUGAAGCAAGGAAGAGAGACAUGAAAGAUUUUAAAUACAUAUCGCUGACUCCAUGGAAUGGACAUCCUGUAUAAGCACUGAAAAGCAACAACACAAUAACACUAAAAUGUUAGGCACUCUUAAAUCUGCCUCUAAAAGCAUCGGAUGUAGCAUUGUGCAAUUAGGUUUUUCCUUAUUUGCUUCAUUGUACUACCUGUGUACAUAGUUUUUACCUUUUAUGUAGCACAUAAACCUUGGGGAAAGGAGGGGAGGGCGGGGCCGAGGAAUUGGCAUGGGGGGUAUGGAGCAUUUGCUUCGAUUUAUCGCAAGGAGGAAAAUAUUUGACUUGCAUGGAGAGAAGCAAUUUGGGGGAAGGGUUUGAAUUGUUUUCUUUAAAGAUGUAAUGUCCCUUUCAGUAACAACUGAUAACUUCAUUUAAAAAAGCAUCAGAUUUAAAAAUCAUGAGAAUUUGAACAUUGGCUACAAACAGUUGCUGUUUAUUUUUGUAUGAAGUUUAUUCUCAUUUGGGAGCUCUGGUUAUUCUGUUAUAUAGCAGCAUUUUUUUUUUUUAAAGCAAAAAAAAAAAAAAACAAAAAAAAACCAAAAAACUUAUCAUUUUCUGUGCUCCUCCAAUCUCCUUCAAGUUAGAAUUUACCAGUUCAUUAUUCAGUAGUUCCAUUAUCAACCCCCAGAUAAUUCUGGGCAAAAAUGUGAGGUGUAUUGGGAGUUUUGAUGCUCAGAAUUCACCAUCUAUAUUUAUCAAGUUUCUUGGAAAAAUUUCUUAAUUUUUGUUUCACUCUGGGCUGUGGAGACACAGUUAAAAUCAUUCAAAAUCUCUGAAUAUUUUUAAGGAGCAGAAAAUAACUUCACAUAAAAAAUGAAUUUUUUUUUUUUUUUUUGCCCACACCAGAACUAAAAAUGAAAUCAUUUUUAAAGUUUCUUAUUCUUUUUGUAAUUUGCCCAAAGAAAGUUGGUGUUUUUAAAGAGAGGUGCAUGUAGAGAAAAACACACUUGGAAUAAGUCAAUGGAUACUACAUCUUUAAACAGUAUUUCUUCAUUUCCUGUGUAUGUGUAUGAAACAAAA